UAUUACUGUGGUAACUGCGGGCAAACUGAGUGUACAGCUUCUGCUUAUAGGAGGUAAAAGCGGUGUUACCGGGGCUCCGAGUGCAAAGAUCUGCUAACCGGACGCCCGUCUCCCCUGGCAGCGGCUGGGGGGUUGGACCCCCUCUGGGGCAGGAUCCGGGUAUCUUCCCGCUUCAGUCCGGCAGCAUUAUGGCGACCUCUGGAGCAACAAAAACGGCUUGGAAGCUGCAAGAGAUCGCCGCGCAUGCCAGCAAUGUGUGCGCCUUGGCUUUGGGGAAAAGUUCUGGUCGUCUGAUGGCAACAGGCGGAGAGGAUUGCCGUGUCAACCUGUGGUCAGUUAACAAGCCCAACUGCAUCAUGAGUCUCACGGGACACACGUCUCCGGUGGAAAGCGUGCGCUUCAAUACCAACGAAGAGCUGCUGGUGGCCGGCUCACAGUCCGGGUCUCUGCGCGUCUGGGACUUAGAGGCUGCUAAGAUUCUCAGGACGUUGAUGGGACACAAAGCCAACGUGUGCAGCCUGGAUUUCCACCCCUACGGGGAGUUUGUGGCCUCGGGAUCCAUGGACACAAACAUAAAGCUGUGGGACGUGAGAAGGAAAGGCUGUGUGUUUCGCUAUAAGGGUCACACUGAGGCUGUCCGCUGUCUCCGCUUCAGUCCUGAUGGGAAAUGGUUGGCAUCUUCUGCAGACGAUCACUCUGUUAAGCUCUGGGACCUGACGGCUGGGAAGCUGAUGGCUGAGUUCAGCUCACACACGGGACCCGUGCAUGUAGUGGAAUUUCACCCCAAUGAGUACCUGUUGGCGUCGGGGAGUGCGGACAGGACUGUUCGUUUCUGGGACCUGGAGAAGUUUCAGCUCGUCGGCUGUACGGAGGGGGAGACUGUACCGGUCAGGGCCGUUCUGUUCAGCAGCGACGGCGGCUGCCUGUUCUGCGGGGGCCGGGACUCUCUCCGAGUUUACGGAUGGGAACCAGAACGCUGCUUUGAUACGGUUCCGGUGGGAUGGGGCAAGGUUUCCGACCUUGCGAUCUGCAAUAAUCAGCUGAUCGGGGUCUCCACCACACAGUCCAGUGUCUCCUCCUUUGUGGUGGACUUAACCCGGGUUAAGGUGACUGGCGCCGCACCACAAAGUCCCCACUCACCGGCAAUUCCCAUCAGCCAAACCACCCCCACCGGAUCCUCUCUGAGACGCAUCUACGAGCGUCCAUCCACGGCAUGCAGCAAACCGCAGAGGUAUGGAAGCAGAAGCCCGUCGGUUUCCUGCCGCCAUCACAAAGAGACUGUCGGGAACCCUGCCACUAACCUUCUCCUCCUUUCCUGCAGGGUCAGUCCUACCAGUGACGAGGAGGAGAAGGAAUCCAGAGCUGAGAUCCAGAAUCCUGAGGUUUAUAAAGAGAUCUUCCAGCCAAGGAAUGCGAUCUCUCGCACGCCGCCCCGGAACAGUGAACCCUUCCCUGCUCCGCCGGAGGAUGAAACUCUCGAUGUGAAGGAGCCGCUGGUCCCAACUCAGGACAUAGUGACCCCAGCCCCAAGCAACAAAAGGAAUUUUGAACAGCUGCCGAGGCCACCGGUAGCUGCAUCCACACCCAUUGUGUGUCAGACCCCAUCUGCGCCUACGAGCAACCCCCCGGUUAUCUCUGCGGCUCGCAACGAACCCAUCGGUCUGAAGGCCGCCGACUUCUUGCCCGCUGUGAAGGGCUCGUCGCCGGCAGAAGUGGUGGAUGAAGAAGCUGUAUGUCAGAUUCGGAAAGGCCACGGCACCAUGUGUAUGGUUCUGACCAGCCGAAUGCGGAACCUGGACACCGUGAGAGCCGUGUGGAGUACCGGAGACAUGAAGACAUCUAUGGACUCUGCCGUGGCUAUUAAUGACCUAUCCGUGGUGGUAGAUCUUCUGAACAUCAUCAACCAGAAAGCGUCCCUCUGGAAGCUGGAUCUCUGCUUAGCCGUCCUGCCUCAGAUCGAGAAGCUGCUUCAGAGCAAGUACGAGAGCUACGUGCAGACCGGGUGCCUGUCGCUUAAGCUGAUUCUGCAGAGGUUUUUGCCGCUGAUCACCGAUACGUUGGCCGCCCCUCCCCCCGUCGGUGUGGAUAUAUCACGUGAGGAGAGGAUCGCCAAGUGUAAGAUGUGCUACAAGCAGCUUCGCACGCUCAGCCAGCUGGUGAAGAGCAGAGCGUCGCAGGUCGGCCGCUAUGGAAGUGCCUUCCGGGAGCUGCAGCUGCUCCUGUCUGCCUUGGAAUAGUCCGGGUCUCCUCCGAGCGCUGCUCUGGGACUCUGACCAAGGCCAUGACACCUGUUUUCAAGGUAUGAACCUGCAGGAGGGGUGUGCACAGGCCAUGUCUUCAAAGCCCCUGUAGAGAUCAAAAGCUGCUGCUUAACCUGUUCCAUGCCAAAACCUGUGUAUGAUCUAACGGGAUCGUCUCUUGUGGAAGCUGUUUACGGUGUGUAAUUUAUAGUUCCAUUUCAUUAAAGGAAAGUGUCAUUUUUAA